AUGCCGGUGAUGAGAGGGCUGCUGGCCCCGCAAAACACCUUCCUGGACACCAUCGCCACCCGCUUCGAUGGCACCCGUUGGCUCCACGAGCUGGCCAAGCGUCUGGGGACGCCGUACCUCCUGCCCUCCUUGACGUCUCCGGGCCCCGUCGGCGCCAACGGAAGCCAGUGGAACGUGUCGGGGUCGGAGGUCGGCGGGCAGGGCCCCUGGAACUCCAGCCACCUCACCAGCGUGGGGUUCGGAAACGUGUCGGCCAACACCGACUCCGAGAAGAUCUUCUCCAUCUGCACCAUGCUCAUCGGAGCGCUGAUGCACGCGGUGGUGUUCGGCAACGUGACGGCCAUCAUCCAGAGGAUGUACUCGCGGCGCUCGCUGUACCACACGCGCACCAAGGACCUGAAGGACUUCAUCCGGGUGCACCGGCUGCCCAAGGCCCUGGAGCAGCGCAUGCUGGAGUGCUUCCAGACCACGUGGAGCUGCUCCAGCUGCCGCUGUUCGAGUCGGCGAGCCGCGGCUGCCUGCGCUCCUGUCACUCAUCAUCAGGACGUCCUUCUGCGCGCCGGGCGAGUUCUCAUCCGGCAGGGGGACGCCCUGCAGGCCAUCUACUUUGUGUGCUCCGGGUCCAUGGAGGUCCUGAAGGACAACACCGUGCUGGCCAUACUGGGUAAAGGCGACCUGAUCGGCUCCGACUCGCUGACCAAGGAGCAGGUGAUCAAGACCAACGCCAACGUCAAGGCCCUGACCUACUGCGACCUGCAGUACAUCAGCCUCAAGGGCCUCCGCGAGGUCCUCCGCCUCUACCCCGAGUACGCCCAGAAGUUCAUCAGCGAGAUCCAGCACGACCUCACGUACAACCUGCGGGAGGGCAACGGCGCCGACGUGGACUGGGAGAGCAACGGCGGCCCGGUGAAGAAGCUGCCGUCGAUCCGCGAGGACGAGGAGGGCGACGACCAGGCGAACUCGGUGCCGCGCGCCCCCCGCUCCCCGCUGCGCCUCGGCCGGGGGCUCAGCUCGCCGCUGCGCUCCCCUCUGCUGCAGCCGAGGCCGUUCCGCGCGCCCUCCGAGCCCCCCCGCCCCGCCACCCUGCAGAUCCCCGUGGUCAGCUUCUGCAGUGCGCCGUGCGAGCUCAGCCCGAGAUUCGUGGACGGCAUCGAAACUGAGAGCAACUCCACCUCCUCACAGAAGUUUGAGUUCAGUCCCAGCAUGUCACCCAUUGCCCCGCCCUCUCCGUACCCAGGAAUCCGGGAGCACUCAGAGAUCAAGCAGAGUGUGUCCAAACUCACUGAAGAGAUGAACAGUCUCUCUAAACAAGUCUUCACGCUCAGCCGGGAGCUGCAGGAAAUGACGCGUCUGCUCAAGCCCCUCCUCCAAACGGCCCCGCAGCCGAUCCUGUUGACCAUGAUGCCAAAUUUUACCCCGCCCCCGACGAGCGCCGGUCACGUGGCGCCGCCCGCUGCCGCCGCGCCUCGCCCCCCCCAGAGACCUGGCACCCAUUCCCUGCUGGACAGCGGAGACACGGAGGGUGUGGAUUUGCCAGGAUGCCUUCUCCCGACUCCCCAUUCACCGGAGACGCGUAGUUCUUCUUCGCCGUCGCCGCAGCAACCAUCCAAACCCCCGGGGGCCGACGCCGAGGGCCCCGCCCCCUUCCCCUCCCCGGGGGAAGGUCGCCCCGACGGAGGCCUCGCCGCCUGCUCCAGUAACGGGAUGCAUCCGCCCUCGCUGCAGGACCAGCCCCCCCCGGCGUCUCACACCCCCUCCCCCUCCCUCUCCUUCUCCAUGUCCCUCAGCUCCUCGCCGUCCCUCUCCCCCUGCCGGGGCCCCCGCCCGCCUGGCGGCGGAGACAGCCGCGGCCUGCCGCCUCCGCCUCCCUCACAGGACACCCCUCCCCCUCCUUCCCCUCCCCCACCCGCGCCGUCCUGCCACUGCUCGGCCCCCCCCCUCGCUCACGUCCUCCCCCGGGGCGGGUCAGCUGAGGAUCUUCCACUCCGCCCCCUCCCCCCCACAUCCCUCCACCGUCUCCCUGCCCUUGUCCCUGGACUUUGUCAGCGCGGGGGGCGUCCAGAGGGAUACCCAGGGUGCACCUUGGCGCAACUCGCAGCCGCGGCGGGGGAUGGGGGGGGGGGGGGGCCCGGCCCGCCGCUCGGCCCCAGGAGCUGGAGAUGCACGAGUGGGGGCGCCGCCAGGCGGAGGAGAAGCCCCGCGCGGAGAGCAUCAGCUUCAUCGACGAAGAGGAGCCGGCGUUAUGAACGGGGAAAAAAAAAAAAAAAAAAAAAUAAAAAUAAAAAACUGAAAAGAGUAGCAGAAAAAAAAACGAGAAGCGAGGAAGCAAUUCGUCCCGCAGGCGGACGGGGACACGCCCCCGGGGAGGCCGGGACAGCGAGGUUCUCCACCGAUCAACUACAACAGCACAAGUUGUCUUACAGUAUCGACACUUCAGUAGCGUCAGUCGACCUCCCCCCCCCCUGCCUUGCAGCUGCUGGGACACAUUGCGACCAGUUUUUGACCCGUGCCAUUGACCUCUGGAGCCCCGUUUGGCUCUUGUGUCUUUUCAAAACCGAAAGGACCAAAAGGGACACGUCUUCAGCCCUGAUCUUUACAAUUUAAAAUCCCCCCCCCCCCCCAGCAUACGCCACAUGUUUGAACUGGUCUGAGCCGCUACCGGAGCAUGUGGAGGAGCAGAAGCCAAAGACACAGAAGCAGGAUUUUCGGGAAGCAGCGUGGGGACACAAGUGGGACAAGUGGGACAGUCCACCACUCGUCCAGCUUCAGCCAACCAGCCGUUCGUGCCUUCUCCACGCAGAGAGCCC